CGAUACUUCACAUUUUCCUCUCCUUGUCGCUUGAGCUUUUCCCUCUCCGAAUUUUCCUCGAAAAAAUCAACUCCUUGUUUGUGAUUAAAUAGAAAAUGAAAGAAAGGAGAGACUCUCACUUUUUGACGCCAAAAUGAUGGCUUCUCCUUCGUCUGUCUCUCGUCAACUUUCAGAUUCCGAUUGAAGCAUAUAAACCCUAACCCUAAGAAUUUCGGUUUUUUCUUUAAAAUUCUCUUCUGAAAACUACUUAGUCUUUUCUUUUAACCCUAAAACGAACUCUCGUUUUGAUUUUGAUGGGCCGUAGUGACUCUGCAACUUCACUCGCUCCGGGGUUCCGAUUCCACCCGACCGAUGAGGAACUUGUCCGGUACUACCUUAAACGGAAGGUCACUAACAAACCGUUCCGCUUCGACGCCAUCUCCGUCACCGAUAUUUAUAAAUCUGAGCCGUGGGAUCUUCCAGAUAAGUCGAAGUUGAAGAGCAGGGAUUUAGAAUGGUAUUUUUUUAGCAUGUUGGAUAAGAAGUAUGGAAAUGGGUCUAAGACGAAUCGUGCUACUGAGAAAGGUUACUGGAAGACGACUGGGAAAGAUCGGCCUAUUCGUCAGAACUCACAAGUUGUGGGGAUGAAGAAGACCCUUGUGUACCAUCAGGGUCGAGCUCCACGUGGUCAGCGCUCUAAUUGGGUAAUGCAUGAGUACCGCCUUGUUGAUGAGGAGCUGGAGAAAGCGGGAAUUGCUCAAGAUGCAUUUGUGCUUUGCAGGAUUUUCCAAAAGAGCGGGACAGGACCAAAGAAUGGGGAGCAGUAUGGGGCACCGUUUAUUGAGGAGGAAUGGGAUGAUGAUGAAGUGCCUCUGUUGCCAAGUGAAGAGAUGGUGUUGACUGAAGAAGCACCAGUUGGUGAUGAUGCAUACCUGGAAAUGAAUGAGCUUGGCCAGAAUUUCGACACUGGAAUUACAUCUGAAAAUACUGCCCUUCCACAAAACUUCUACUAUGGGGAAGCAAGCAACUAUGUGGAGCAGCCCAGAGACUUCAGUGAAGAUGAUCUAAAGCCCAUGUUAAGAGGGGCUGAAAAUCGACAUGGUACAUCUCUGCCAGCUGAAGAGAACUUGGACUUGCCUGGGCAAUAUGAUACAGAUGCAGUAAAAAAUGAAUACAACAACGUGGAGCCAAUGAAUAAUGUGAAUGCUGUUGAUGUGAAUUAUUUGUUUGAUGAAUCAUACUUGGACGCUCUCAAUAAUCUUCCACAGAGUGAAGCACUUUUCCUGGAAGCUAAUGAUCUUUCAAAUCCUGUGGAGCCAGAGACUGGCGGAGAUUCCUCAGGUUUUGACAUGCUGGAAGAGUACCUCAAUUUCUUUGAUGCUGAUGAUGAGAAUAUGUCUUUUGAUCCCUCUGAUAUCUUUGCAAGUGAUACUGCUGUUUCCAAUCAACAACCUCCUCCGCAAGAUGAUGUCAAGGGUGGAACUGAGGAAGUGUUGAAGGCAAUCCAAAAACCAUUAGAAACACAUGGCAAUGUUGGUCCAUCCUCAUCAAAGCAAAAGCCAGAGGCUAUGGAAUUUGAUUCUGAUUUCAAAUAUCCAUUCAUCAAGCAGGCCAGUCACAUGUUGGGGAAAAUUCCUGCACCCCCUGCACUUGCUUCCGAGUUCCCUUCCAAGGAUGCUGCUCUUCGCAUACAGUCAGCAUCUUCCAGCUCAAUUCAUGUUACUGCUGGUAUGAUAAGAAUAGAAAACAUGAGCUUAGGUGGCAAUGGGACGGAGUGGUCAUUUGGCAAGAAUGGGAAUGUUGAUGUCAUCCUUUCUUUUGGUUUGCCACAACAAGAAGGUGGUCCUGCCAGUUGGGUGCCGAUGACUAGCUUAUUCUCAGGCAAGGCAGAGUCUGUGGUGUCACGGGGUUGGCUCUUCUUGAUGUUCUUUUGGGUCCUAAUUCUCUCUGUAAGUUAUAAAAUUGGGACCUGUAUCUGUGCCAAGUAAACCUAAGGUGAAUGAAGUUGCCUAAGAGGUGCCCAAAUCCUGUUUUUUGGUUGAGUAUUUUAGGGAUUUGUUGUUAGUUAAUUCCAUAUAGAUCUAUUAGGACAGCUUGACAUCAAGAUAAACCAUUACUUUAUGAUUGUUAUUCAUGCUUGACUUCAUUUCACUGUAAUCAUAUGAAAUUGCUCACAA